AUGGACGGUGUGGCCCAGAUGGCCCACCAAAAGGGCCCAGCCUCCAACCACUCAGCCAUCUCAUACCAUUCAGAGGAAAGCAGCCCCUUCUCGAGCUAUGACGCCACAAUCCCGGUGAUGGAGACGAGCGGGCAGGACGUGCUCGAGCUGGAGAUGAACCACGACGGCGAAUACCUAGACACCCGGGAAUUCGGGCGUGCGGAUUACCAGGGUCCCACGGCCGGGUAUAGCGAUCAGUUCACAGAAUCCCCGUACGAUCAAAUGGAAUCAGGACCAUCCUAUGAAAAUAAUGCCAGCUUCGACCCAGCACCGGAACAACAACAACAACAGGAAGAAGCUCCACCUCCGCCUCCAGCAGAAACUCCUCAAAUAUCCAUUCAAGUUGGCGAGACUCCAAUUGAUCACAAAUCGUAUUCACAGCCACCGUCUGUGGAAUUACGACUCGUCGCGUCCCCUGGCCAUCCGAUGCCCACGGUUACUGUAGGUGCACCACCACGACCGCCCACCAUGUACGCCGUCAAGACGAUACCUACCGAAAAGGUUUACACCUUUUCUCGAAAUAUGGGAGGGAGCCGGAGAUCGGGGAGCCGCAACCAUGCGAAGAAGGAACCCCUGGAUCCGAAUAUGGUUGAGGAAGAGGUUGCGAGGAACGUCUCCCAAAUCCUCUCGCUCACCAAGCAGCACCGGGCGGCCAUGGAGGCCAACGCCAGGCCCGGCCCGAUACAUAUCCCCCCUCAACAGCAGCGUACCACCCCACCUCCAGUGAUCAACCGGGUCGUCUACACAUGCCCCGAUUGCAAUAAACAGGUCUCCUCCACCAGGAAUUUGGCCCGUCAUCGCCAGUCCUGUCCGGCUACUCGAAAAUUUCCACUACCACAACCGUUGCAGUUGCCCCAACAGCAAGCGCACUGUUCACAGCCCACCACACCAUCCGGGCUGAUCCCCUCCUCGCCGAGUAUUGCAGCGGGGGUGGUGCCGAAUAUGGCGGCCGUUUCAUCAGUCAAUCCGCAACCGGUCACGCUUUAUGUGAGAAGGGAAGAGCCCGGCUACCCGGAGUGGUGCUCCCCCCGAUCAUCAUCCGUCUCGACAGCCUCCUCAAUCAGGGAUACGGUUUCCCAUCCACCGUCUAGGGAUGAGGGCAGCGUGACUGUGGUCCACACACCAAGCCAUGAAUUAUCCUUUGCGGAUCAUCUUGAGCCUCACAUGGGCCAUCACCACGACAUGGGAUACUCAUAUCACUCAAAUGGGCUCUUGGACGAUAGCCAAGGAUUCCCAAUGUCAAUGGAUGAUGAAAGGCCACCUUCCGAUGAGAUGGGCUCUGGAGAUAGUGGAAGCGCAAGUCGAUGCAGUGAUACGAAUGGCUCCAUUGGACAGUUUCAGUGCGAGGCAUGCCAAAAAAGCGUGGCCUCCCUGCGAUCACUAAAACGGCAUCACACCACCUGCAAGCCGUUCGCCCAGCAAUUUCCCCAUGUUCUCGAGCAAGAAAACUCCGGCUCGAACUUGGCGAACACGACGUGCCCGGAUUGCAGUCGGCAGCUAUGCUCGACGAGUAAUUUGAAGCGCCAUCGAGCAACUUGUAAAGCUGGCGGAAAUUCCACCGAUGACAUGACGCCGACGAGUGAGGCCGGCUCGCCAGCCAAGCCGAACUUCUUGGAGUGCCCGGAUCGCCGAUUUGUGGUUGUUCAAGGCGGCGCGAAUCCAGAGCUGGAAGGGAAAUUUAUCCAAGUCACCGUCGGGGAUCACCUCAAGGCACAACAGCAAGCAGGGCAACAAUUGCAGCGUUUCGAGCCGGGGAUCCAGAUCGUUCAGCAGGGGAUGCAGCUGGGGGCCCAGCCACUCCAACAGACACCUCCCAACGGUCACCACCUGCCUAACGUCAUCCCAGCCCAUAUCCAGCAGAACAUGCAACGGAAUCUGAGCGAGGGUGACCUCCCUCCCCGUUCCGCCCCACCCCACAUGACGAACGGCCCGCAGUUCCCCGCCCCGAUCCAGCGCUCACAUUCCACCAACAACUACCAGCACUACGUGCAGCCAUAUGUCAAUGGCCCUUCCGCCGGCCACCUGGCGAUGAACGGGCACGACGUGCUGGACGUGGGCGGCGGCAAGCUCGAGGAGGAGAUGUCCGAUGGUCCCCAUGGGCCCGACUUUGAGGUGGACGAGCACUACGGCUAUGGUUUCAAUUCGGCUACGGACGUCAGUGAUCUCGACGACGAUCUCAAGGAGAAACGGGAGGGGGAAUUUGACCCAACCGUCAACCUUAUCAACGGCCACACCUUCGUCCCCAAUCUCCAUCAUACAACCCCUGUACAAUCUGCCAACAACAAUACUACCCUCAGCCAGCAACAAAAUAGUGCACUCCGGGCAGCGCUUGAUACAUCCUCUCCUCCACCUCGCCAUACCGUUUCCUCACACCCGCUUCCGGCCACCAGCUUCCCUACCACUAGAACGUCUAUGCAACCCCUCAACAGCAUCAUUACUACCCAACCGUUGCCCAGCGAUCGCAUCGUCUUCUCCUCACCCCAGUCGGCUAGAAGCGAAAACACCUACUACGUCUCGCACAUCGACGCCCCGGAAAGACAUCAGCAAACGUCCUACUCCAUCCACCAGCCCACCCAGCAGUCCUCCCAGCAACAUCACCAGCAAGCUCAAUUCUCCCCUCAAUUCUCGCCCAACCUUCAACAUCAGUUGUCUCCUGGUGGUAAUAGGGAACUCCAAGCCGUCGCGGCAACCGCAGGCCGAGAGGUUGACCUAAGGUUCCAAUGUCCAGAAUGCUUGAAAACCUACUCCUGCCGGAAAAACGUAAAACGACAUCGAAUGGCCGUGCACAAACUGACGCCUGAAGAGAUUUCACGCACGAUGGGCAGCGGAAGCGCGACGACAGAUUUUUCGGCUUCAAGCACGCCAAGUUUGCAAUCCCCCUCCGGCAUGCUGCUCACCACGUCUUCCAUGAUGAACUCCCCAAUCCCGUCAAACUCCCAGAAGCCGUGGGGCGCACAGCUGUCUCCGCAAAUUAAACGCUUCCAAGAACCCCGGAUCAUGACCGAGUUUGCCGAGGCCGACACGACUUUCAGCGAGGAUGCCGAGGACCCGAAGGACGAGCACGCCGGUCUGCUGGACAUGGGGAUGAGGCGGGUCGAUCGACGAGGUUCACAGGUCUCCCCCGGCUUCCCAAAGACCAUGGGCCAGCGGGUGGAGCCGAAGAAGACAACGCACCAAUGCAUCCACUGUCAAAAGGUGUUGUCGUCCGACUACUCCUUGAGACGACACCGCCAUACCUGUACCAAGAUCCUGGAGGCACAGCGGUCGAUCUCGGUCGAGAGUGAGGACCCGAUGAUUGGGCAGGGACCAAGGCUUGGGACUGAUGCUUCGAGGCACUACUUCAAGCCCAUCCGACGGCCACAAAGCACCGACGGAGGCUUGAUCCUCGAUGAGGAGACGAUUCCGGAUAGCACCACCCAACGCUCCUCGGGCUUCGAUUCGAUGGUCCACUCCCCAAGCAACAUGUCGUCCCCAUCGGAGAGUGGUGAGCACCACCACCACCUGCAUCACCAUCAUCAGCCCCAUCAUCUCUUAGGCCCUCGAAAACGUCGUCAUUCCGCGUCGGAACUCUCGGCCCCGGUGACCCGACAUUUGUGCCAGGAUCCGGAAAACCUUCUUCAAGUUGUCGUGCCGCCCGGUGUAGAAGCGACCACAAACUACAAUCUGCCACCGUCGCACCUGGUCGAUCUGGAUCAGCCUUUAUUU